UCAGCAUGCAUAGUGUACAUACCAGGGCUUUCGACAGGCCCAGCUUCUGCACACCUCCAUACCUGUAUAUAAAGAUGCUCCAGGUGGAUGUGAGAGGCAGAGAAUUUGGAGACAGAGGUGAGUCUGGUGCAUCAUGGUUUCCACACAGGUGCUCCUGCUUCAGCUGCUGCUGGUCUCACUGGCGUCUGCAUCACAUUUCUUUGGUGGAACUGUGACCUUCAGCUACAAAGGAAGAAACCCUGAUGGAAGUUUUAAGGUGGACGUUCGAAACCGGGCAACCUUCGAUGGCUGUCAGUACUCCCACUACUGGAACUGUUACUCCGGCAACUGUGGCUACGAUGUCAAAAGUCAGAGAGGCAUACUUGACAGGAGCACAAAUGCACCACAAUCUAACAGGCAAUGGUGUGAAACUGAGACAGUGCGGACAAAACGUAUCACAAAUGACAAACCUUUCCAAAUGAGGGCAGCUAGCUGCUGUUGGAUCCCAACACGUAACUCUGGUAGUAGAUGGAGACUACUGACUCAUGUGGAUUUGGGAACAAGAUCUGACACCGGGGAGCCAAACAGGUCACCAGACAUUGCCAUUCUGCCUUUCCUACGAGUUCCUCAGAACUGCCCACGAACAUACAGGCUGAUGUCCUUUGAUCCUGAUGGUGACAAAGUUCGAUGCAGAUAUGGAAAUAUUGGAGGUACAGAGUGCAACAGGUGCACCCAACCUUCAGGCUUCCAUUUGGAUCAGGGCUCUUGCACAUUACACUACCACUACGCCAAUGCCAACCCCAGAGUUUAUGGAUUUGAGUUGGUGGUGGAAGACUUCCCACAACGGCCGAUCACACUGGCCUACACAGACGGAUCCCGUUCCUCCAGAUCUCCACUGACUGUGAGGAGAAAGAGACAAGCCUUUUGGCAUUCUGCAACCACACCCUCACCCACAGCCCCAUGGUGGUGGUGGCAUCCUACAACCGCAGCACCAGCCGCAACCGCAGCCCCAUGGGGGUGGUGGUGGCAUUCUACAACCACAGCACCAGCCACAACCACAGCCCCAUGGUGGUGGCGGCAGCAAUCUACAACCACUACCGUAACACCAGCACCAGCCACAACCGCAGCCCCAUGGUGGUGGUGGUGGCAUUCUACACCCGCAGCACCAACCGCACCUGCACCCACAACCCCAUGGUGGUGGUGGUGGCAUUCUACACCAGCAGCACCAACCGCUCCUGCACCCACAACCCCAUGGUGGUGGUGGCAUUCUACACCCGCAGCAUCAACCACAACCACCCCACCGUACACUACAACCACAGGACUCCCAUACGCCACCACUCCUCCCCUCAGCAAACUACCUUUGCAGUUCUCUUUGCUUGUGGACCCACCUGCUCCCUCAUGUCAGGAGGGAGAGUACCUGCCAAGGUUUGUGAAUCCAACACCCCAAAAUGGAGAACGCAUCCAUGCAGAGGUCAACAAAGAAGUGGAGAUCAGAGUGAAAGCACAAGCUCGAUACUCAACGAUAUAUGAUAUCAUCAUUAGUGGGCCAACGAACAUCAGCAAACACAGAACUACACAUGACGAGUUUGUCAUUAGGUGGACGCCUAUUCCAGAGGACUUGGGAGAUCAUUAUCCGAUCUGUUUUGCUGUUGAAUCAUUCACAGGGUCUGCUGUAACUGCCACUCAAAGCCCAGUCACUGGCCAUCACCAUCACCAUCCCACCCCGACUUCACAGUCCGGCAUCUAUCAGUCUGACAUGAGGUGUGUUCUGGUGGACGUUAAGAAGGAGGAAGUUAAAACCAACGUGAUCUGCAGUGAGUCCACAAUGACAGUAGAGGUUGAGAAAUCUUCACUCUCUGGAUUCCAUGAGGAUCGUCUGCAGCUCAGUGAUCCCACCAACAUCGCCUGCAGCCUCCAACACCACUCAAACAGCACACACGUCAUCGCUGUCAUCCCCCUCAACGCCUGCGGCACUCAGCUUGAGGAGGAUGAGGACUACCUCAUUUUCAAGAAUGAAAUCACCACGGUUGACAACCACAGAGACCUGAUCACCAGGAAACACCUGCUGGAAGUGGAGUUCUACUGCCAGUACCCCAAACGGGGAAAUGUGACACUGGGUUUCACUGCACACAGGAAGAAUGUCACAGUGUGGGAGAAGGGCUUCGGCACAUUCACCUACCAGUUUGAGUUCUACCAAACCAAUCAAUUCCGAACCAUGAAAGAUCCAAAUUCAUACCCUCUGGAGUAUGAUGUAGGGAGCAGGGUCUACAUGGAGAUCGAGGCCUCCUCUUCAGUCAACAACACUGAGCUGUUUGUGGAGUCCUGCUGGGCUGCACCGUAUGAUAACCCCAACUACUGGCCAACCUACCCCAUCAUUGAAAAUGGGUGUAACGUGGAUGAGACUGUUAAAACCCAUUCCGCCGACAAUCAGAGACAAUUCAGGUUCUGCAUGGAGGCCUUCAAGUUCAUUGGAAUGCAUGACCAGGUGUACAUCAGCUGCUCAGUCCUGAUGUGUGAAGCAGGGAACCCCAACACCAGAUGCUCACGGGGAUGCAUCAACUCCACACGGUCGGGAAGUCACCACCAUCAUCAUCGCAAGAGGGAGGCCGUCAUCCAAAGUGCAAGCCACUUUGUUUCCCAGGGUCCACUGCGCCUAAGGAGAUCAGCAGAGAGCACUGUAAACACAGUGACCAACCUGAACCUGAACCUGAACCUGGUAUUCAUCGCUGGAUGUCUUCUAGCAGCUGUUGGCAUGAUCAGUGCAGUGGUCAUGUACAAAACCAAAAUGUCAAAGGUCAAAUACCAACCUUUGCCUGUAUUUGAAAGCUAGGACAGCAGCAUGUGCAGAAUACCAAUUCUAUAUUCAUUAUGUUUGAAACUAUAAAGCAAUUUUGAUAAUUUCUGCUAUCAAAUAUUGGGUGUUCGUGUAUCAGAAAUAACAGGUGAUUUAUGUGUACAUCUAAAUUAAUCAAUUUUAUAUUAAAGAUUAGGUUCACAUUUUUAUAAAUCCAUUUUAAAACAAUACUCACUUGUUAUUGUAUACAUUAAAACAGUGUUUGAUCAUUGCUGUUGCUCCUCUUGCUCAUUCUAGCUGUAAGAAGAUCCCUUCCUGAGGUGAUAUGAAAUGAUGGACAGAAUCCAGUCCUCGUUCUGUGUAAACAUUGCUUCUUAAGUUCAGAUAAAGUUAAUAUGAAGCUUCUGCAGUCUGAGUUAGACAAAUUGAGUGGUUAUCUUUCAAACUUACAAUCUUUUUAAUACAAAAUUUCCUCUUUGUGCUUCAGCGGACAGUGUUUGAUUGCUGAGGCAUGACAGAAGGACACAAAGAGGGAAUUCUGUACCACAAAGACUAGCUUUGGAAGAUACCAAAUUGAUUUGUUUAACUCACUCUGCAGAAGCCUCAUAUCAGCAUUUGUUGACCUUUAAAAUGUAUUUCUAUACAGAACAAGCACUGUGGAUUUUGUCUAUUGUCACCUAUAUUGAAAUUGUUUUUGAAGAAAUCUUUAUGUUGCUAGUAUUAACAGGAGAAAUUGUUGCAGCAAACAAAAAUCUUAAACUAUCAUUUAACAUCCUUAAAAUGUCUACUUUGUAUACACUGAAAAAUACUCCAGAGAGGAACAAAAAGUGUGUGUGAGCCUUGUAACCCAGAAAGUUUUAUAUUGAGCCACACUGAAAGGAUGAUCAGCUGGCACUGCAGCUGCUGGGUGAUUGUUCAUUUGCGGUGGUCAACGCUGUAGAAUGUCAAGAAACUUUACAAGUACUUCUACUAUUCUGUAUUACUGUAUGAUUUAAAACAACAAUCUAGACUGAUUUGUAAUGUGUAAUCCUGUAUUAUCACAAUCAUUUCUAUGUCAAAUGCUCUCAUUACAUGGGAAAAAAAUUGAGGAGACCGAAGUCAAUCUUGAUACUCUUGCUUAAUUGAUCAA